CAAUGGUCUUUAUUUAGUAGUGUGUGUUAAAUCAAAGGUUUGUGAAUAUUACAAAGUGAUGUCCGAAUGUUCGCCUUUCUAGUUUUAGAAGUGUUUCCGACGGGCCAGAUGAAGUAGAAUAUUUUGUGAUUGUUUACGUGCAAGUGUCUAGUUUACCAUACUUCUGUUUUAAAUUAAUCAAAUGUUGAUAUUCAUUUCAAGGAUAGGACAAAAAACAGUCAGGAGAUUAAUGUCAAGAUGAUACAAGCAAGCAAAAUAAGAUGACAGAUUUUGGACAGUUGCAUGUAAGGGAAUGGGAAGUCCAGUUUUAUCAAGAACAAACAAGAAAAUGGUUGACCGGUAUGUUAUAUAUUACUGUGGAGGGAAUAGCUUUCCAAGACAAAAACUCCCCAUUCAACAUGAGUUGCCAGUAUGGUGACUUCGGCGAGGUAAAGAAAACAACAACUGGAAUUAUAUUUGGUGCAAUAGUGAUAGUCACAAAAAAUGGUCAAAAACACUGGUUUUCAUCACUGCCGAAUAGAGAGGAUAUGUUCUGUGUGAUAAAGUACUUUCUUAGGUCAAAUGUAAUAUUUUCUGAUACAGAAAAUUUAAAAAACACAGGUCAAGUAUCAAAAGGAACAGAAAUGGGGCAAAAGUUGCUGAAAGUUGCAUAUGAUUCUCAUCAGACGCUCUGUGCAUCUGCGAACAUGUUGUCAUCGCAAGGAGAACAAAUUGACUCGACUGCUACUGCAAUGGCUGAUAUUCACAAUGACCUUGACAUUGCUGAAAAUCUUACCUUGGGCAUGGAAGUCUGGUUAGGAAAGUGGAAUAUUCCGAAAGUGUACCAAAAAAUUGACCCCAUCAUUGUAAAUGAAAGAGACAUUCCAGAAAUAUCUCAGUACGAAAUUCUUUAUACAAAACUGGAGAUGGAUAAAAUGUCAACACAGAAACUAGGGUUGUUACGUAUCGCUCUUGAAGGAUUAUUCAUUUUGAGUGAUAAGCAGAAACUGGUUCAUCAUUUUAAGUGGAGUGAUGUUUCACGUAUAAGAGUAUUAUCACCCUGCGAAAUUGUUGUAACACGAUUUCUGAUUGGAAAACCAGAUUUGAGUUAUGGAGUAGUGUGUACAUCAUUGCUAGGAUUUGUGGAAUUUUUAGAGAAAAAAUUGAGAAGGAAAGUGGAAUACGUAACGAGUGGAUUUGUGAGACAUGAACCUGACAAUUUUGGUCACACCAAAACAAAGAUGGAUCCUAAACAGUUUAGACAUGAGAAAGGUGUGUUGUUGACAGGAAAGUUAACCACUUCAUCCAUACCGUCAUUACACACCUUCGGUAAAAGUCAGGCAGAUCAUGACAUCCAAGGGGAGCAACUCCAGUGUUCACACCAAGUGGUAAAUGAUGCAGAGGUUCAGGAACUACAGAACACCCUAACUGACCUACGGACACUGGCUAUAGCCGUCCAGCAGGAGACCGAUGUCCAGAAUGAGAAACUAGACACGCUGACAACUUCUGUGGACAAAGCUAACAUACGGAUUACAGAGGUCAACAGUCGGUUGGGGAAAAUGAUGAAAUGAUUCAGCUUUUUAUGUUAACAUGUGUAUAUAUUAUAUUUUAACAAUAUUUAAUUUUGACAUUAAUUUUGUGAUGAUAGUCAAUUAGUUUUACAUGCAUUCCAUGCUAAAUAUAGGAUGUGAUAUCCCAAACUGACGUUGUAUGCAUAUUAAUUAAUACAGAUGUCAUCACAAUUGUAUGUGACUCUGGUAUCAUAUUAACAUUUACAUGGCAAUUUCUUUCAUUUCAUUUACACAUUCAGUAAUGGAUACUAUAAGUUUUUACUUAAAUUAGAAUCUCUAUAUAUAUGUAUAUGAUAGGUUAUAGGGAAUGUAAAUAUCAGCUUUGAAAUGUGUUCUAGCACGCUUCAUGGAAUUUGCCUCUGUCCAGUUGGCAUUCAUAUUGACUAUGAAUGCCAACUGAAAGCCGUUCAAUUCUUAUAUUUAAUAUAUCAGAUUACAAUUGUAUGCAAUAUGUUAGCCUGCAGAGAGUCAUUUUAAAUGACUAUUAAGAUCAUAUCAAGGCAGUUCAAUUCUUUAGAUAUAAUACAAUGUAUUGUUUAUUUGUUUGCUGGAUUUAUUGUCCCGUGAACAGCCAGAGUGAUUUUAUAUGUCCUUGUUGCAGCUGGUGGCUACCUCCCUGAACAUCAUACAGGAGGGUUGUUGCAUGCUAUCCUGGGAAAUUUGGGUAAAGUGUCUCGUACAAGGCCACAGUCACAAAUGAAUAGAAUGGUCUGUGAUAUCAGUUUCAUGAGAAACACUUAGUUUGUCCAUGGCCCAGUAAAUUUUCUUCCAGUUUAUUGUGCGAGCCCAGGUCUGGAGACAAAACAAAAUAUGUUUUUCAUCAUUUGUGAGUUAUAAUUGAGUCCUUGGUCCAGUAAAUCAAAAACUUGUAAUUGUACGUGUCAAUGUACGAAGUCCUUGGACCAGUGAACUUGUGUUAUACAGUAUGAUAUUAUUACAGUCAAUUUAUGCAUUA